AUGCAACAAGUAGCGCAACCGGAAGCCGACAGUGACGUUGCAACUAAAUACGUGGAAGAGCGUGUUGCAAGAAUGUUUAGAGACAUCAGCCAGUACGUAAAAAGAUGUAAAAAUUGCAUGGCCCACAAGGCAUCUCAAAUGCAGCCACCGGGAAAGCUGCACGCCACGGCUGUACAAAAACCAUGGGAACAGGUCUCACUGGACCUUAUAGGACCGCUACCAAGAUCCAAAAAGGGAUACACAUGGAUCCUCGCUAUGCAGGACAGAUUCUCAAAAUGGAUCGAAAUAAAACCGCUACGUCAAGCAACAGCUAGCGCAGUAGCGCAAGGUUUCCUCGAGGAAAUUAUCUAUCGACACGGAUGUCCGGAUAGUAUAAUAUCAGACAACGGAACGCAGUUCAAGUCAGGAAACAUGAGAAAAAUAACCAAGGAUCUGGGAAUACAACACCGGUGGACGCCGGUAUGGACGCCCCAAUGCAACCCCGUAGAAAGAGCGAAUCGCACGAUUAAAACAAUGAUCUCCCAAUACGUGGGAGAAGAUCAUAGGAACUGGGAUGAAAAUUUAAGUCAAAUAAAAUUUGCCUUUAACACAGCGCAAAACGAAGAUGAGGCGAUAAACUACAACUUACCGGUAUCGGGGGACCGAAGUACCCUGAUCGACAGUAUAAUGUCGCAUCUGGAUAGAUACGGGCCGGUAGACGAUUUCUUAAAUAGCGGAGACAAAGUCGAUGCGUCAAGAGUGGCCGAGGAGCGAUCAGGAAACCAACGGGAGCGGCUAGUUACGGAGAAGGUAUUCCAGAGGGCCUUGGUGACCCUGACGCAAAGUAUGGUCCAACAGCAGCAGCGGAUGCAGGAGCAGCAGCGAAGAUUCAUGCAGGAACAGCAGAAUCAGUUCCAGCAGCUGGUGAGAGUACUGACGGUGGAGCGGAGCAGAGUGCCGGUGACCGCAGAAAAUGACGGGUCGUCAAAACCGAUGACGAGUAGUGCUGCGGCGAGUCGAUCAACUCCACCGUCGGACUUACCUCGAGUAAGACAACCGAUCACGAGACCGGCGGAGGUGCCGAUGACCAUGAUCUCGGUGCAAAACUUAGCGCCGCAGAUUCCGGAAUUCGCGGGAACGGAGGCGGACAACGUACGGAGCUGGAUUCAAAGGGUCGACUAUGUAGCCAGGAUCCACGGCGCUUCCGAUGGCAUCACACUGUUAGAGACGACGAGUCGACUAGUCGGGACCGCACGUCGUUAG